UGAAAUCCCACCGUUUGGUGGUGCUCUCCUGGUCCUUGGUGAGCCCUGAGUGAGGGCCAAUGUUACACGGGAGGCUGUUGCGUGCUACGUCUGCCUGGAGGGUCGGGAACUGGCACAGGGGCCGCACGGCAAGCAGCUCUUCUGCCCGACAUGCUUCACCUGCAUGGUCGGUGCCUGUCCACCUGACCCCAGAAGUGCCACUGGGAGUGGAUCAGGGCGCGAGGUGCCACUGGGAAAGAGCGUUCCAGGAGAUGCAGGGGAAAUGUUCGGGACGCGGGACAUGAAGCGGCAACACAUGUCACAGGGGGUGCCGCUGACAUGAAGCCCCAGGGGCCGGUCAGAGAGGAGGGUGCGGAAGGGCCCCGUGGCCAGGACUCUCCGGAGGAGAUGGAGGACAGGACUCCCGACGCCUCCCGCCCAGGCUGGGCCGCCCUAGAGGUUGCCGUGAAGGCGGAGCCAGAGGAAGAAGUGUCCAUUGGGCGCCCACGGGGCCCGGCGGAGCUGGAGGGGGAGACCCUGCUUCACCCCGUGACUGACAUCAAGAAGGAGGUGACGAUCAAGACUGAGCCGGAGGAUGAUUCGUACGAGGAACGUCCCUGGGGUGGCAGCGAGGGCGAAUCCAGCGAUGACGCUGAUGCCUCGGACAUCAGGCCUGACGUGAUUGUGAAGAUGGAGCCGGAAGAGGAGGAGGAGGAGGAAGGCCUUGGGUGCCGCUCUGGCCAGACAGGAUCUCCCGGCAUCCUUCUGGAGGACGGCCACGUGGAGCCGAGUCGGCGCUCACCAGAAGCUGCAGAUAAGCAAACGGAGGACGGGAAGAGGGCGGCAGCGUCCUCCUUCCGGGGCUCCAGUGGGCCGACUGUUCCCGGAGGGUCCCCCACUCCCAGGGGGAAGCUGUGCCCACCAACCCGGAUUGCCCCGGAGCCAGCCAGGCGGCCCAAGAGCCACGCGGCGGAGAGGCCCUUUGCCUGCAGUGUCUGCGCCAAGCGGUUCCAGCACCGGGGGAACCUGAUCACCCACCUGCGGGUGCACACGGGGGAGAAGCCAUUCCCCUGCACCGAGUGCGGGAAGAGCUUCAGCCAGAAGGGGGACCUGAUGCGCCACCUGCGCAUCCACACGGGGGAGAAGCCCUUCGAGUGCAACGUCUGCGGCAAGAGCUUCUGCUCCAAGCAGACCUUCAUCCUCCACCAGCGCAUCCACACGGGGGAGAAGCCCUUCGCCUGCCCGGAGUGCGGCAAGGCCUUCAACCGCAAGGCCAACUUCAUCACCCACCAGAAGAUCCACCGGGGGGAGCGGCCCUUCGUCUGCGGGGAGUGCGGCAAGGGCUUCUGCGCCAAGAAGACCUUCAUCCUGCACCAGAAGAUCCACGUGGGCGACCGGCCCUUCGGCUGCUCCGAGUGCGGCAAGAGCUUCAGCCGCAACGGGGACCUCACGCGGCACCAGCGCAUCCACACCGGGGAGCGGCCCUUCGCCUGCGCCGACUGCGGGAAGUGCUUCAGCCACAACGGGGAGCUGAUCAAGCACCAGCGCAUCCACACGGGGGAGAAGCCCUUCGCCUGCCUGGAGUGCGGCAAGGCCUUCAACCGGAAGGGCACCCUCAUCACCCACCAGCGCAUCCACACCGGCGAGCGGCCCUUCGUCUGCGGGGAGUGCGGCAAGACCUUCAACCUGAAGACCACCCUGAUGAAGCACCGGCGCAUCCACACCGGCGAGCGCCCCUUCGCCUGCCUGGAGUGCGGCAAGAGCUUCAAGUACAAGGGCAACCUCCGGACGCACCACCUCACCCACACGGUGGAGAGGGUGUACCCUUGCACCGAGUGCGGCCUCAUCUUCGGCCAGAGGAAAGAGCUGAAGGCCCACCAGGCGGUGCAUGCCGGGAGCCCCCGGCUGCCCUGCUACGGGGACGAGGGGGAGAACAUGAAUUCCUUCCUCCAGAUGCACCCCCUGCUUCUCUCCUGCGCCCCCCUCCCGCUGCCCCUGGAAAGCCUCUCCAAACUCAAGCAGGAGGCCAGCUACAAGGAGAUGGAGCUGGGGGCCCCCGAUCCCUCCUGAGACUUGCAAGACUGGGGGGCGGGGGGGCUUUUUUAUUCGCCCCGGCCAGGCCAGGCCGCUCAAGGGAACCUUCUGAGGCCGGGGAGCUCACUGCCUGGUGUGCUUCACACACAGCUGAAACCGAAGGGAGGGCUCUCCUGGGGGAGGGUGCCGGAGCUGUGUCUGUGCCACAGGCUGGCCUUGCGAGCCGAAACCCCAUAUGUGGUCCCUCCUGGCAGACUGGUGGACUGCGGCCCCGUCUUUCGGAGGAGGCCGUUGGUGGUCUGGCCAAGAGGGACGGCCGCUCUCCGCUUUAGCCUGACUGCUGCCAGG